UCCUUUUACAGGAAAGGAAAAGGCGUUGCUUGGUGUGAUAAGUUAGACAGACAAUGUUCUGCAGAGAAUUAUCGCUGCCCUGCAGUUUGUACACCGACUUGAUUUUUGCUCUAAGAAAUUAAUUUUCCUUGCUUAAGCACUCUGGGCAGAUAGAAGACAGAGGAGCCAUUCAAAAUGUGCAACGGAAGAAAACUGCUUCUUGCUGCAAUCAUUUUCACAGCUCUCAAUUACAAAGUGACAAGCGCAAAAACACUGGACAUGGCCCCAGAUGCUGUAGAUGACCUGUAUGAUGGAUGCCGUAAAGAAGCCAUGAAGAAGUUUAUCAAUCUAGGCCUCUUAAGAAAAGAGCUAAACAGCAGUGAGGGAUUCCGGAAGGCAUGGAGUGCAAAUACCCAGUGUACAAAGCUGAUCCCUGGAGGAACAAAAGAACACACUGCUGCACUUUUGGCAUAUGCUAAAGAUACAGAUUUUGCAAAGACCUUUGACAAUGCAGUUGAGACGAUGGGCGGAAAUGUUAGCACCUAUGAAAACCACUUCCAUUUCAAGUCCCUUCACUUCCUGCUCAUGGAUUCAAUGUUGCUGCUGAAUCCAAAGAAAGACUGCAAGACUGUGUAUGUUCUCCAAGACGAAUACAAAACACAAAAGGGCUCAAAGGUGAGAUUUGGAAGGUUCACCAAAGUUCACACAAGCUAUAUAGGGCUUAAGAAAUUGUACGAUUGGGAUGGGCAAGUCUUCCUUAAUAUCACUUCUUGUAUCUUUGUCAACCUGGGAGACAAUAUUUGCAGUGAUGAACAGGACAUGGCCCUAUUAUCUCCAGCUGAAAUGUUUACUGUGGAGGCAGUAAAUCAAAUAAAAGAUGAGAGAAAUGAAGAGGAAUACACUGAGGUCGUUUUGAAACACUCACAACAGGACAGCUCGCACAACUGUUACAGUUUUUCUCGGUCCCCGGCUGAUGUACCCACCCAGUGCUUUGUGAUGAUGCUUGUGGCUUUAUCUUUUUUUUUCUUUAUUAACUAUUAAGAACAAAUGUAAGACAAUUAGCAGCUCAUAGUGCACUGGGAGUUAUUAUGACACAAAACAGUGCAUUGUAUGUGCAGUUGAACAAUAGACAAUCUAUUCAUGUGUGAUGCUGCCAAUUAAGGUGUGGCAAGCUUUUGUAGUCCAAUGCAAAUAUAUAGUCAUAUCAGUGUAUUUUAAUUACAAGAUCCACAUUGUCUUCACGCAUAUCAACUUCUUUCUUUUAUAGUUAAUUUUUGGGGGCAUUUUAUGUAUCCGAGUAUUUACAGGAAAUGAGUGGAGAGAGAGAGAGACAGAGAGAAA